UAAAAUGAAGUGAAAACAAAGUUAAAAAGUUUGUUAUAGAAAAAAUAUGUGUUAAAUUCCAGAAAUAUGUCAAUUAUCAACAAAUAAACUUAAAAUAUCUGAAACGUCUUCACAAUUGUUAACAAUAUGGCACCUGAUUUAGGAGGCUGGAUACACAAUUUCACAGUCACUGAUACCCAAACACACAAGGGUGGUUAUACCUUGUAUAAAAUUACGUCCAUUGUCUUUCCCAGAUCUGUACCGCAGGCUCUUACACAAAUUGUGGUAUGGCGUCGUUUCCAUGAUGUCAAACGUUUACACCGCGAUCUCAAGCGGCGCCAUAAAAGUCUACAAUUGUCCGGUUAUUUGCCAGAACCCAUAGAUUGUUCAUUUUUUAAACGUUUCGACAAAGAUGUCAUACAGAAACGCAAGGAAUAUAUUUUACAACUAUUGGACUAUGCCGCCCAACAUACGGCCUUGUAUAAAUGCCAUGCUUUUGCUCAAUUUUUUAACGAAACAACGCCCCCAAAUAAAAUCCAAACAUUGGUGCAUAAGGCCGUUAGAGGUUUGAAUAGAAAUCUGGAAAUAUUGCAAGAUCAAGUAGAUUUUGCCAGAAGAGAAGCAUGCGAUAAGAAAACGUCUUCUAUAAAUAAUGAUCAAGUGUUUCCAAUUCGUCAGCAAGAUGAACAGCGAAAUGCUAAAAAAGAAGAGAUAACGGAUGUAGUGCUCGAGUUGGGUGAAGGGGAGGAGGAAGAUGAUGAAGAUGAAAGUCUUAAAGUUGAAUAUAAUUCAAAUGUUAAUAAUCAUCCAAAACAUUUUUUGACCCCCAUGGCCUCUAUAGAAAGUGAUGAUAGCGAUUAUAUAUACGAAGCGGCUUUAGAAUUUUCUCAGGCCGUACAGGCUGAAGCAAAUUUGGAAUAUACGGAAGCACAUACACGCUACAAACGUGGCGUCGAUAUUCUACUGUACGGCUCUAAAGAUGACAACAGCGAUGAAAGAAAAUUUAUAGCAAAAGCUAAAAUAAGCAAAUAUUUGGCAAGAGCCGAAGAUAUUCAUGAACGUUUUUUGAGAAAUUUCCAUAGAACUUUAACAUCAUCCCCCAAGAACAAUUUCCAAUUGGCCAUUGAUGUUUCGGGCAAUACGGCUUCAGAUUCAUCCGGCCUGUAUUUGGAAAGACCCUGGAACCAUAUGGCUAAGUAUAAAGUCAAUCGUCUGCUGGGUAAUAAAGUUCUACUGGUUACUUGCAUAACUGAGCAUUUGAAACCUUCGUAUGUCAUGAAAGGCAUUGAAAAGCCCUCUAGCAAUUCGCCCACACAAACUGUAUUUUUGCCUCAACAUGUUCCCUACAUGGUAGACUUGUUGGCCUUCUUUCAGUCAGAUCAGAAAAUAUUCCUACUACUUAAGCUGGCCUUGGGUGGCAAACUAAUCGACUAUGUACAUUCCUUAAAUACUACGACGCAUUUAACACAACAUUUUAGUGAAAUGAAUGUGAGUGCUGUCCAUGUUAGCCACAAUACUUUGGAAGUUAAAGAUUUACUAAACAAUUCUAAACAGUUAAUACAAUCAGUAUCGAAUACAUUACAAGUUAUUAAAGAUUUGGAUUCGCCAGAUAAAGUUACAGGCAAAUCGCCACGUAGAAGUCCACGUAAAAUUCCCUCUUUCCAUACCAAAAUACCGGAAGAUCAACUUAAAAUGUGGUCACAACAAUUGCUAAUUGCCAUGCAUGCAUUGCAUGAAAAAAGUGUUAUAUUAAGUGAUCUUCAUAUGGACAAUUUGUUAUUAAAUGAAAAUGGUCAAUUACUUUUAACUUACUUCUAUCAAAACGAGGGCGUCUCAUCGGACAGUUGCAUACACAAAGCUCUAAGUCCAAAAGCCUUGGAUGAACAUUUUGUUGCUCCAGAACGUCCCUUAACAUUGCGCUCAGAUUGGUGGAGUUAUGGUGUUAUAUUGUAUGAAUUAUUUCUGGGUUUGUCAUUUAAAGCGGCUCAUCCAGGACAAAUAGAUCUGUAUGGCUUUGUACAAUAUCCCGAAAAUGCUGAAAUAUCUGAUGCUGCCAAAGAUCUAUUAGAAAAAUUACUACAACAAAUGCCCGAAGAUCGUUUAGAUUAUGAGAAAAUUAAACAACAUCGUUAUUUCGAAGGUACCAACUGGGAGGAGGUAAAGCAUAAUGGUUACAAUAAUUUUACACAAAAGUGAAAUUGUUAUGAAAUUUUUUAAAAUAUACAAGGUUUUAUACAAUAAUCUAAAUAUAUACAUGGAAGCCAGUGAUAAUUGUAAGAGGAAAGACAACUCAAGGAAUUAAAUGAAACGGUUUGCUAAAUUUAUAAAAAGAAUAUACAUAAUUAUACAAUAAAUAAAUGUAGUUAUUAAAUAUACAUAUGUACGUAUAAUUUAUAUUUUAUUGUAGAAUAUAACUAAAUCUAAAUACAGUAGAAAAGUAACCGAUUUUAUGUAUGUAUUACAUACAUAUGUAUGUAUUUUAAAGAGAUUUGUUUCCAGGAGUAUGACUUUUUGCUCCAGUGUGAAAACUGAAUUUAAGACAGUUUAGUUUUAGAUGGUAAUUUUCACUUUGUCUAAAUACUUGGAUGACUCCAUAUAUAAAUUUGUGGGUUUGCAUUUGUCACGUAUGUUUGUCACCUUUAUAAUGUACAGAGAAGUCAAUUGGUUACUGUAUACAUCCCAGGUAAUCGAAUGUAAAGUCAGUCUUCAUUUUAGUGUCACUAAGUAAUCUAAGGUGUAUUCACUUUAAACUUUACUUGUAAUGCAUUUGACAAUGAAGUGAUUGUAGCCACCAGAAAUAGUCUAUUGGAGAAUCAAUUGCCAUAAAUUAAUCAUUAAUUAGUCCCAUAGCUAAUUGUGUAACCAUUUGGGAGGAGGCGUCAAUAAAUUAAAAUUUCUUUUACAUUUAUCUUUUUUUCCCUUUUUAUACCCUUCGCCAUUACAAAGGGACCAAUUUCAUGGACCCAAGUGAGCUGGCUGAUAACUAGCUGCCUUCAUAACCUAACCUAACCUACCCUUCGCCAUGAGUGACAAGGGUAUAUAUAAGAUUGUCAUUCCGUUUGUAAUUUCUACAUUUUUCAUUUGCGAUCCCACAAAGUAUGUAUGUAUAUUCUGGAUCGUUAUAGAUAGCGAAGUCGAUAUUGCCAUGUCCAUCAACUUUCCGUAGACCCCAAAUAACUUACAUACAUGAUUCAUACAUCAAUACAUCGGGAAUUCUUCCGGAUCGGUUGCUAUUUAAAUAUAUCGGGAAUUCAAUAUAUCGAGAAUUCUUCCGGCUCGGUUGCUUUUUAAAAUCGGCCCACAAAUGGCUGAGAUAUAGGGAAAAACCGGGAC